AUGGAGAUGCUAACAAGCUUGGGCGAGCGAUACUGUUUAGUAUGUGGUGACAGUGGUGCUGAGAAUCAUUAUGGUAGUGUUUGUUGCAAGUAAGUUUUUUAGUAAUGCUUUUCCUCAAAAUGAAAGGUAAAAAUUUUAUUUCAUUAUUUAAAUAGUAUGAGAAGGGCAAGGGCUAGCACUCUAGACAUUGGAUUUGGUAAGGCUAGUCUUGAGGGUCGGCUGUGAGGCUAAGAAGCUUUGGCUUACAUUAGCUGGAAAUGAAUUUUUAUACAUAUAUAUUAUAGUAUAAUACCAGCUUGACUGUCAAGCCGUGUUUAUAGAAUUUUCGUAAAAGUAAAUAAAGUAUAGUUUAACUAGCUUAAAAAUUUGAAAGAUGAAAAUUAGAUAACAAUUCAUGUUUCACCAAAUUUCGAACCAUUUUUUAACUUUAUAUUAGAAUACUUUCAGCGGGUGUAAAGGAUUUUUUCGUCGCUCAAUCCGAGCUAAACGGGUCUAUGUUUGUGCUCAUAAUCUUGGCUGUAACAUUGUUAAAGGUGAGUCAAUUUUAUUAGAUUAUAUUGUUAUUUUUAUUCUUUACGCCUCUAUGUUUACUUUUUAAGUUUUAUGCUAGGUCAUUUUAUCAAUUUUUAACAUUUUAGCUAAACUGUGUUAAUGUUUUAGUAACUUUAGAUUACUGUUUAUAAAGUAAUGGUAUAGUGUAUAUUUUGAAGAUGUAUCCGUAAUGAGUAAAGCCUUGUCGUCAAUUUAUAUUGGUUUUAUUUGUUGAUAAACGACAAAACUUUUUUGAAACUUUAGAAUCGAAAUUUAUGCUGCUAUACGGAUUAAAACAUUAGUUUAGUGUUAAUUUUAUUAUUUUAGGUAUUAUAUUUUACUACAACUUACUUACUUUUUUAUUUCUUCAGAAUACCGAAACUGUUGUAGAGCCUGUCGCCUUCAAAAAUGCUUAAAAGUUGGCUUGAAUCCUGGGUGUAAGUUCACUUUUUUGUGAGAAAGAAGGCUUCUUAAUGCCAUUUUCAAUGAUAUCUAAUCUAAUAAUGAUGAUUUUUUUAACCUAGAUUUACUUUUUUUAAGAUAUAAACUGCCUUUUCGCAAUUUUUAAAAAUUAAACUAGAUAUAAAAGCUUUAUUUUUAAUGUUACAGUAGUCCAAAGUGACCGUCACGAAUCCUCAAGCCCCACCGACUGGUCGGUGGAAAUGUACGAAAUCCGAGGUAAUAAUAUUGGACCAAUGCGGAGUAAAAACGUAUCCACACAUCUACUUUCAAGUCGUUCUCAAUAUGAUCCUCGAAUCGAAACUCGACUACCUUUUGCCACCUUUCCGAGUAUUAAUACUCCGCCGAGUAUUGUGCGACAAAACAGUAUGGUCAUUCAGGUGGGUAUUGACGAAAAAAGUUAUUUUUAGAAGUUACAACAUACACGUAAUAUAAUGUAUCGAUUAUUUGCUAAAGCAGUGCAUAAAAUGGAAUUCAAUCACAUGAUAAAGGCUUCUUAACAAUUUUUGUCUAAUCGCUUAUCAAAAGAAGAAUAUUCUAAGGAAUUUAAGAUGAAUUACAGUACUUAAUGCUUUGUUACCUAAAAACGACAAAAUUUUAAUUGUAAAUCUUUUUUUUGACGAAAAUAGUUAGCCUUGCCUUAGCCCUAACCUUAGCUAUUGCUCUAGCCUUAAGCUUAUUUUAGCUCUGGCAAGCUCUAGCUAGCUAUUUCUCUAGCUUGACCUCGACCUAUCUUUUAAAAAAAUUAUGAAAAAAAGUCAUUUUUAAUUUGUGACGAAAAGGCAUCUUUUUAUACCUACUACAAUAUCAUAGACACGAAACCACUCUAGUAUAAUAUCGUCAAUUCACUUUGUAGGCAUCGAACGCUCAGAUUUAUAUUUUUAGCUGCAAAAAAUAACUGAAAACACAUUAAAAGUUGCCUUAAUGGCAGUUUUUGUAAAGGAAAACCUUUCGAGAACAAGAUCAGAGAACAGUUUUUAUAGCGCAAAAAAGUUAACUAAUCUAUAUUACAUGAUAUGUUAACUUUACUAAUCUGUAUAAUAUUAUGUUUUAAACAAAAAUGUAAAUUGUAUUACACCUUUUAUAUAAAAACCAUUAGUAUUAUAUAGAUAAUCUAAGGUGAGGGCAGGGGACGGCUAAAAUAAAGCAAGAUUACGAAGGGCUAGGGCUCUGGGCUAAAUCUACGACUAAGGCUAAAGCUAGGGCUGUGGCUGGGCUCAAAGCAGCCAUAGUUUUUUGCGAAUUUUCACAACUUUUAGAAUUUUUACAUUAUUAUAAGCAUGAUAAUGCUGAAAAAUAGGUUUGGUAACCCAAAAGACCUUGUAGACAACAAGAAAAGGUUUUUUAAACAACAUUUAUUAUGGUAAAAGUCUUUAUUAGUAUAUUUAUUUUGCAAAGACUUAUUUUUUACAUUUUCUGACUUUACUUCAAGCCAGGUGUUUACAACUUUGUUUAUCAAUGUCAAUAAUAAUGUUCUUAUAAAGGUUAAGGGUUCGAGUUUUUAGGAAUAAAAACAAAAGGCAAAUGUUUAAAAAGAAAAAAGAAGUAACAAAAAAGGAAGUAUAAUAUAAUAUGUAUCGUACAUAUAAUACUCAGAGCGUAGUAAAAAUUUUUAAUUGGAAACGGAAAACGGGUAAAAUACGACAGGACUAUUUUGAGCUGAAGUUUGCGCUAGGGUUUUUUUUUAAUUUUAAAAGCGGUGCUAAGGAGACGACCAAGACUGGGGUUUCGGGUUAUGUCUAGGGCUCUGGGCUAGGGCUCUAGGCUAGCCACGUGCUUUGACACUUUUUCUUUAAAACUUUUUAAGCAUUAGGUUGAUCACAUUAUUCUGUGCUCCUUAUUCACGAAAAUUUGGUUUGAGAAAGGGCCCAGAAUUAUUUGCACGACCUAAUGCAUUAUUUAUAUUAUCACGUAUACUUUUCAGGACCCCCAAAUCAGUUGUCUAUCAGAAUGUGACAUCCCUUCUACCUCAAACUUGUCCUCACCAUCAAGCCUUGAAUUUCCAAAUAAAACUGAAAUUCAAUCCCUACCUUCUAUUACAACAAGCUCUCCAGGCUACUGUAGUGAUAUCGUAUCUACCAGUGGAGCAUGGAACAGUAAAAGUGGUAUAACAUCGAAUGACAGUGGAUUUUCAUCAGCAUCCGGGUUGGUCAUGCAGUAUCAAAUGCUGGUAAGGGUAAACUUUGAUAUUUUUGGGCUGGGCGUGGGUUUUUUUGAAAUUUUUUUUUAAAAGUUUUUAAAGUAAAAAAGAAAUUAUAAAAACAACUUUUAAAAAUGAAAUUUCAGGCCCAGCCAGACUUCCUCCCCCUCGGCUGUAAACAAGCCAUACCAACCUUCAACCCAAAUGACAUCUUAUCAGUGACAAACUACUGGAAAUGCGUUGACAAUUUCCUCGACACAUAUCGCGACACAUUCGUAUCCCACAUCGGUAGUACCGACCUAGAAUACUUUAACAACCCCAACUUGACAACUGAAGAAAGCUUCCUCCACCCUCGAGCUAUGGCCGCGAGAUCGGCCAUAGAUUGGGAACCACGAACUCCAGGCCUAGAUCCCUUUGUCAGAAUAUGGCUACGGACUAGUUUAUAUGUAAUUGACUGGAUUACUCACAUUCCGGAGUUUUUACAACUGGAUGUUAGUGAUCGGAUCACGUUGUUAUCUGAUAGAGCGAUCGCUGGCACUUGGGGCAGUGUAGUACAGAACACGUUGAUGUACUACGAACGAAACCCUGGCUGCACGAUGAAAAUGAUACCAUUAACUGGCGGAUUGUACUUUCCAAUUGACAAUCCAGAGUUGUGUGGAGUUAGCAGAGAGUAAGUUGAAUAUCAGUAGUGAAAGCAUUUAUGUUAUUAUUAUUCUUGACAGCCUUCGUUUGUUCUGUUGUCUUGUUGUAUAUUACACGCCUAAAGUUAUAUUUUAUCGCUAAAAGUGAAAAAAAAACAGUUGAACAAUCGUUUACGCUUUAUAAAUAUUAAAAUCGCGUUUUUUUGCGGGGCAUGUUUGAGCGUAUAAAAAAGCAACUGAUUUACAGCGCAGGCUGCAAGAUGAAUUUUGCGGGCGCAGCGAUAAAUUAGCUGUUAGCAACAUUAAAUUGAUAAAAGUUAAUGAGAUUAUUGCAAGUUUACGUUGAUUUUACUUCAUUUUACUUGUUUUAUAAGUGAUUUUGUCUGAAAAUCAAAAUUUAGUUCAUAUUUCAUAGAAUAUAUGCUCAUAGGUCUAUAUUUUCUCUCAAAAGCCUUAUUUAACCCUAAUUUUCGUCAAUUUUAAUCAUCUAACGACCUAAACUAUUUCUCUAACUCCAUACUUUGUCCUUGACUAUUGCUUUGCAGCUGAAUGUAAAUUAUCUAUGUUUAGGGAUGUUUUUAGAAAUUAUGGCUAUGUGGUGCAGUUGUACAAGUUGGCCUGGCAAACGUUGGUGAAGCCAUGCAUGGAGCUUGGAGUUAGUGACGAAGAGAUGCGAAUUCUCCGAAUCUUGAGUGUAAUGUGUCCUGGUGAGUUAUUUAUUUGGUGUUUAUGAUUUUAGGAUAAUGUUUGAAAAAAUUUACAUUAGUUUUUAAAGGUUUUUGGAUAUUACACAUGAUAUUGGGGGUUUGACGGGUUAAAAGCGCUGUUUUUGGUAGUAUUUUUGAAAGAAAAGAUAGUUGGGACGAUGUUGAUGCUAAUAAAAGAGUAAGUCUGAGCUGGAGGAUUAUAAAAUAGGGAAAAUAUUAAGCUAAACUUGGUCACUAUCAGUUAUUUGGUUUUUUGAUAUUACACUGCAUUUUGAUGAAAACUAUGACUUUUUUUGUAUUAAAAAGGUGCUUCAGGAUUUCUUGAUUUAUGUCAUUUUACCAAGCUAGAAGUUUAAGACUCAAAAACCGAUUAAAAAUUAUGUUAUCUUUGAACAUACUCGCUUAAAUUCUCUAAUAUUACAAAUUAUUGCUCAUUACUUCUUUUCUUUCAUGAUGUGUUAUAUUUUUAGUGAUAGGGAUGAGUGAAGGAGCUGUUGAUCUUGUCACAAGGACUCGAAGAUUCUACUUGAACGUGCUUCAGAACAUUGUACGUCGACGUGAAGGAAUGGACGUUGAGAGAACGAUGCAGAGAGUGGCAGAUUUGUUGUUAUUGCUGACGGCUUUUGAUGUGAGUUGUUAAAAAAUAUUUUUGUAUGGUUUUUAGGCAUUACGUUUAAAAUUUGUUGAACUUUAAACGAUUUUUAUUGAAGAUAUGACGUAUUAUCUUAUGUAUGCUUUCAGAAGAUAGCUCACGUUGAAGACGAAAAUAUGGCUGUAAUGUUGUUGUUUGGGCUUAGUGACUUUAAUGGUGAUGUUAUGGAGAAUUUUCAUUUGAGGAGACGUCGACUGGUCGAUAAUACAGAAGCUACGACUAGCUUGCCUACUACUGAUAUUAGUUUUAAGUUUAACGAGCCUUCUAGUGUCUAA